ACUGCCUUUUCUAAUAACAGUGAAUUUUGUACACACUGGCAACUCUAAACUAAUCUUAUUGGCCGGCAAAAGUGAUAACAAAUAAAUCUAACUAAAAUUCUCUGAUAAGCAGACUGCCUGCCCGAAAUAUAAAUUACCGAUUAGAAAAUUUAAUUAAAGCCUACUUUAAUUAAUAACAAUAGAAAAAUAAACCAAGAGAAAUGGAAACAAACCAAAAGUUUACAUUUCGACGAGCUAAAAUCGAGGACAUUGCAGCUGUACGCCAGAUGAUUCAGGAACUGGCCGAUUUUGAGAAGAUGAGCGAUGGUCCAAAGAUAACAGAGAAAGACUUAAUACGCGAUGCUGGCCUCGAUGGAGGUCAAGAAUAUUGUCACAUAUAUGUGCUCGAAGUGCAAACUGAAGAGAAGCCUACACUGUAA